AUGGGAUUAUCAAGAUCAACGAGAAUCAUCACUCUCUUAGUGAUAGAUUCAGUCUUCUUCUUAGUCGAAUUGAUAACUGGUUAUACAGUUGGUUCAUUGGCUUUAGUAGCUGAUUCAUUCCACAUGUUGAAUGAUGUCCUUUCUUUAGUAGUCGCCUUGUAUACUAUCAAAUUAGCUACUUCACCUUCAUCUUCGGCUAACUCCUAUGGAUGGCAAAGAGCAGAAAUCUUAGGUGCAUUGAUCAACGGUGUGUUCUUGGUAGCACUUUGUGUUUCAAUCUUCUUAGAAGCAAUGGGAAGGAUUUUCGCUCCUCCAGAGAUCUCAAGUCCUCAAGUCAUCGUUAUCGUAGGAAGUUUGGGUUUAUUAAGUAAUAUCGUUGGAUUGUUUUUGUUCCAUGAACACGGACAUUCCCAUGGCCAUUCUCACGGAGCUAUCGCACUUCCUGAAGAUUCAGAUGACACUAAUGAAGAAAAUGGAGAAGAUUCCGUUUCUGAAUUGUAUCAACAUCCAGCAGAAACAAGAGCUCAAAUAAUCGAAACUGCUCAAGAAUUCGGAUAUGGUCAACAAAGUCAAUUAUCAAGUUCCUUAGAUAGUGGAAUUAAGUCACCAUCUAAUCAUCAUCAUAGAGCUUUAUCAGCCAGUAGAAGAAAUAAGAGAAAUUCAAGUAUAAGUAGACCGAAGGAGAUCCGUAAAGGUUCUGCAUCAAGAGUACCUCCUACAGAAGGUCAAAAUGAUACCUUACCUCCUGUAGGUGGUAGCAAGACCGAUGCAGGUUCUUCAAACGCUUCUUCUUCAACAACUGUAACCGAAAGUGCACCAGCUGUUCUAAGUAAAUCCAAACUUGCACAUAGCCAUGACCACGACCAUGACCAUGAUCACGAUCACGACAAUAAGAAAGCCCUCGCAAAGAACGUCAUCGAUGCCGAAAACGGUCAUUCACAUGGUCACGAUCACGAUCACGAUCAUGACGAUCAUGGUCAUGGAGGAGGACAUGGACAUUCGCAUGGAUCUAUGAAUAUGCGUGGCGUAUUUUUACAUGUUCUUGGUGACGCUCUUGGGAACGUCGGUGUCAUCGCUGCUGGUCUCGUCAUCUGGUUCUGUCAAGGUAGAUGGACACUCUAUUUCGAUCCAGGUGUAUCACUCUUGAUCACUUGUAUCAUCUUCUCAUCAGCAUUACCGCUAUGUAAAUCAGCAUCUUACAUUCUGUUACAAGGAGUACCAUCCCAUGUCUCCCUUGAUGCUGUUAGAAAAUCAAUUGUGGAUGUCGACGGCGUCGAUUCAGUGCACGAAUUGCAUAUUUGGCAGUUAUCGGAGUCGACAGUGGUAGCUUCGGUUCACGUCAUGAUCGUUCCAGGAAAGGAUUAUAUGAUAGUCGCUAGUGGGAUCAGACAGAGAAUGCACGGUCAUGGUAUUCACAGUGUCACUAUUCAACCUGAAUUUUUCCAAGAUGAAGAUGCUGUUUCUGCUAAUGGCGAAGCAUGUCUGAUCCGAUGUCCUCCUGACCAAUGUCAAGGUGAUACUUGUUGUCCCCCAAUCACAACAAGUGACGAACAAGCCACGCAGUCAUAG